AUGGUAGAUGGUGUUAUGCUUCUUCCUGUGCUGAUCAUGCUGGCGUUUCCCUCCCCGAGUUGGCAAGAUGAUGAACUGAAGCUAAAUAUGGUCCACUACGAAUGUGUGUGUGAAGGCAUGUCCUGUGGGAACGGUGACCGUUGCCAAGGCCAGCAAUGUUUUGCUUCCCUGAGCAUUAAUGACGGUGCUAAGGUUUACCAGAAAGGCUGCUUCCAAGUCUACGAACAAGGCAAAAUGACGUGCAAAACACCUCCCUCUCCUGACCAAGCUGUUGAGUGCUGCCAAGGAUACCUGUGCAACAUGAAUAUCACUGCACAGUUGCCCUCUUCUAAAGGGCAAACCUUUCAAGGAGAAGCUGCAGGUUACAGCAUGGAAACACUAAUCAUUGUUAUACUGGCUCCUGUGGUAGUGUUGGUAGUUUUUUCUGCAGUAGCUGUGCUGAUUAUCCGCAGAAUACAGAAAAAUCAUAUGGAGAGGCUGAAUUCUAGAGAUGCAGAAUAUGGCACAAUUGAGGGACUCAUCGCAUCAAAUGUUGGAGACAGCACGUUGGCAGGCCGAGGUGGAGAAGAGGAGGGUGUGCAGCGCUCGCGCCUCUUGAGCGGGCAGUGGUGGGGCAGGCGGUCGCUGACCGUACGCGAGCUGGGCUGGGAGACGGGCAAGGAGUGUGAGGCAAAGGAGAAAGGGAAGGAAGGUUGGGACCGAGAUGAAGGGAAGAGAUGA